UUAAAUAUAUUGAUUCCUUCAGCUGAAAUUAGAUAGCAUGAAACUCUGGAUUAUUCUGCUGGCUGUUGCAGUCAGCACAGAAGAAAUACAAAGACAGAACAGCUGCAAUGAAAGGUAUCCUGGGAUCCCUGGGAAUCCUGGACACAACGGCAUACCGGGACGUGACGGACGUGAUGGACCAAAGGGAGAAAAAGGAGACACAGGUGAACCAGGACAUCCUGGAAAAUCAGGCACAGAUGGCAUAAAUGGAGAAAAGGGAGAUUCAGGAGCUGAUGGCAGAGUUGAAGAGAAAGGGAACAAAGGCAAUAAAGGGUCAAGAGGCUGGCCUGGGAAAUUUGGACCUAAGGGAAUUCCUGGUCCUGUUGGUGAUAAAGGUCAAAAGGGUGAGCUAGGACUGCAAGGACAAAAGGGGACAAAAGGGGACAUUGGGCCCAUUGGCCCAAAAGGACUCAAAGGUGAAAUUGGAGUCCAAGGCGAAAUAGGCUUAAGGGGUCCCAUUGGACCAAUUGGCCCCAUUGGUCCAAAAGGAGAUGUGGGAGGCCCAGGUCCAAAGGGCAGUAGAGGAAUCCAGGGAGAAAGGGGAUGGAAGGGAGACAGGGGAGAAAAGGGAAAACUUGGUAGUAUCCCAGUCAUCCCGAGAAGUGCCUUCAGUGUAGGUCUUACCACUAAGUUUCCUCCUCUCAACGUUCCCAUCAAAUUUGACAAAGUGAUGUACAACGGCUUAAACCAUUAUAACACUGCCACUGGGGUAUUCACUUGCCAGAUUCCUGGUGUCUAUUACUUCACCUACCACAUCACUGUCUAUUCAAGGAACGUUAAGGUAGCUCUGAUUAAAAAUGGGAACAGGAUGCUCCACACCGCUGACCACUACCAGAAUGGUGAAGACCAGGCCUCAGGAGCAACCAUCUUGGAGCUGCAGAAAGGUGAUCAGAUAUGGCUGCAGACCCAUGGGACUUCUAAUGGUUUGUUUGCAGACCCUGAUGAUGACACAACCUUCACAGGCUUCCUUAUAUUUAGUACCUCAGAGACAGCAGCUCCUAUACCACUCCUUAGUUUGUGAUCUGUUUUGUUUCUAAUG